CUUUUCUUUUUCCCGAACAAAUCCAAAUCAGAAACCAAAGUUUUCCCACGAAAUCUCUACUCCCCCUCCCUCCUCGAUGGACUCUCUCCAAGCCACUUAUAAAGACGAUUACGACGAAGAAACAGCCCCCCAUCCACCUCCUUCCGACUCCUCACCACUUCCGGUCACCGGAGAACAUCUAAAAGAUGUUCUACUCACCGAGCCCAUUAGGGAUAUAGAAACCCCAAAAGGCAUCAGCACUAGCAAACCGGAAACCUCCCAGCUUGCGGCGGCUUCGUCGGAUUCUCUCUCUGAAGACCCUACAACAACCACCACGACUGCUUCCGAUGACACCCAAAACCCGCUUAAAGUUCCCCGGAACUACGACGAAUUCGAGGACGACGAAGAACAUCUACCCAAAAAGCAAAAACAGCUGUCGUCUUUAACAACUCCUCAAUACCCUAAUUCAAUCCCCGCAAUCAACGAUGAUAACCCCAGCAACGCUGCUGUCGGAAACAGUAACAAUAACAGCAAUGCCCCACCAAAUCCUUCCCCUGCAACAAAAGCUAAGACAACAAAGAAGUCUAAGAAGAAAAACAAUAAUGUAUGGGCAACGAAAACGUCGAGAAAAGGGAAAAAGAAGAGCAAAGUGAAUAACCAGAAUGCUGGGAAUGGGGAAGACGCGGUUUUGAUCACCCCUGUUCCAAGAUUCCCAGACAAAGGGGACGAUGCCCCUGAUAUGAAAAUAUGUCUUUCCAAGGUUUAUAAAGCUGAAAAAGUGGAGUUAACUGAAGAUAGGAUGAGUGCAGGUAGCACAAAGGGGUAUAGAAUGGUUAGAGCCACGAGAGGAGUGGCGGAGGGAGCUUGGUACUUCGAAAUCAAAGUAGUGAAGUUGGGGGAGACGGGGCAUACACGGCUGGGGUGGUCUACUGAUAAAGGGGACUUGCAGGCGCCGGUCGGGUAUGAUGACACUAGCUUUGGAUAUAGAGAUAUUGAUGGGAGUAAGAUACAUAAAGCUUUGCGAGAGAAGUAUGGAGAAGAAGGGUAUAAAGAGGGAGAUGUUAUUGGGUUUUAUAUAAAUUUGCCAGAAGGUGGGUCGUAUGCUCCCAAGCCCCCUCAUUUGGUUUGGUAUAAAGGGCAGAGGUAUGUGCAUGCCCUUGAUGCAAAAGAGGAGCCACCUAAAGUGGUGCCUGGAAGUGAAAUUUCUUUUUUCAAAAAUGGGUUAUGCCAAGGAGUUGCUUUCAAGGAUUUGUUUGGUGGUCGUUACUAUCCUGCUGCUUCAAUGUACACCCUUCCAAAUCAACCGAACUGUGUGGUGAAGUUCAACUUUGGCCCUGACUUUGAAUGCUACCCAGAGGAAUUUGGUGGACGACCACUUCCCAGGCCCAUGGUUGAAGUUCCUUAUCAUGGGUUUGACAACCAAGUGGAAAAUGGUGUAGCCAAUUAGAAGAAACAGUAGUGAGCUUGAAUCGGACUCUAACAUCAUUAGAAAAUGCCUGCUAAUUUGAGGG